CAUUAACAAUAAUAAAUCUGUCGGCUAUUGACAUACGAAUAUGACGUCCGUGUUUGUAUUCGACAAUUGGAUCCGUGAGAUGCACUAAUUGCUGCAAAUAUUGGAGUAGAUCAUAAACAAUUCAUUUGUUUUUUGAGUGGACAGUUGUAUACAGUUAGUGUUGACCUGGAAAUAUGAGAAUAGACAUGGACGAGACGACUGCCAAUCUUCUAAGACUCGCAAAAAUGGUUUGUCCAUCUGCAGAGGAACUUAGUGUAAUUGUAAACAGUGUCAAGUGCAAUCAAUGUGGACUAGUAUUCAAGAAUGAACCGCGAUUACGACUGCACGAUUUGAAGGUUCACCAGAGGAAGAAUCUUGACAAAACAGUAAAGGAGUCAAUCCGUUACCACUGCCCCGAGCCUUCUUGUAUAUAUUCACCUGACUCUGCGAGGUAUUUCAGCUCUAUGAAGUACUUGAAACAGCACUAUCUAAAAGUUCACGCAGCGAAAAAAUAUCCCUGCAGUCAGUGCGACAAAUGUUUUUCAACAGAAGCAGCUUCAAUAGCUCACUCCAGAGUCUGUGGGCUUGAGUUCACCUGCACCUGCCUAAAGAACUUCAGUUCUUAUGAGGCCCUCCUCACUCACACAAAACGACAUUCACACUCUGUCAAUGAGAAAUAUAGGAAUCUAGUCAAACGUCAAGCUCCAAAAGUCCCAGCUCCCACCAGCACAAUCCACCUAAUGCCCCUCAUAAAAAAGCCCAUCUCAAUUCUGCCGCACAAGCCCCCCCAGCCCCUGUCGUCAACCCUCCUCAGCACUACCAACGCCGAGACCCAAACCGACGACUGUCUCCGUCGAGUGCGUCGCACCCUGAGCCCCUCGAAGUCCAGCAGACGUCGAGAGUCUCGUCAGACCCAAACCAACACCCUCUCUAAGGACCGAAAGACCCGAAAAACCGUUGAGACCCAAACGACUCCUAGUAUUCGCGAUUCCUCCAAGAAAUCAUCGUCAGGGAAGAAAUCGAGACGAAGCCUCCACAUCAAGGACGACUUCGCAAACGUUAAUUUAUUCCCCAACAGCCCGCUCAAUCUGCAACACGACGUGGGAAUCCAGGACUUCUGGGAGGAGAGGAAUACCCUGGGGACGCAAACAAGUCCUGGUAAGAAUCUUCUGGAUGUCUUCAACGACAGCGUCACGCAGACGACUUUCUAUGACCAUGAGAAUCCAGCGAUGGAGGCUGUGUUCAAGGCUGACGAGAGAAUGUCGUCCCCGGGUGCCUCGUACUCGAGGAUCUUCUACCCCGCGACGAGUGGAUUAUCGCGAUCUGAUCCGAUGCUGACAGAGGAGACGUUCAGCGAUCGAUUCAGUAGUAUUGAGACGCAGACGGAGAAGCCCUAUCCCCAGUCCAUCUUCGACGCAGACGCUGGGAAUCUGUUGAAUUCCUCCAACACUGAGACCCAGACAACCGAACAUUUUGACAAUAUUGAACAGCUUUUGUACAGCAAUAUGUGCACGCAGACUUGUAAUGAUAUUCUCUCGUCUGAGCUGGGACUGUCGGACAUUCAGACGCAGACAGCCUGGCCGGAGCUGGAGGUUGCUGACGGCGUGAAGGGGGAGGACGAGGGGGAGAAGAGCGAUAUCUCAAUGAGUGGGUGCCGAUGGUUGAAUAUACAGACGAGUCACACUGAGACGCAGACUGAUUUGCUCAGCAUCUUUGAUGAGCUUCAGUAGCUUCACUGGAGUGUUCUGCUACGGUGACUGGAGUUUAUUUUUUUAUUUAUCUAUCUUUAUUUUCCAUAUUUUGUUGAAACUAUCUCUCGUGUAUUGAAAUAUUCAAAUGCGAUUUUAUGAAUGACACUCUAUGUCUCUACCAUUGACAUCUCAAAGAUUAAUGCCAGAAUAUUUUUUUCAACGUGGAAGUUUAACCAUAAAAAUUGUUAUUAUUUUGUAUAGUGAAAGUUCAUCGAUCUGAAAAUCCACGUGUACUUUCAAUCACAGAAAAUCUAUAAAAACAAACGUUGAUUUAUGAAUUUCAUGAA